AUGAGUUGGUUGGGAGAGUUGAUUGAUAAAAAUAGUUCAGAUCCGAGACAGCGACUUGAAUUGGGCCAACAAAUUUUAUCGGAAUUACAAACGUCAAAACUACCGUCCGAUUCAACAGUGCUCAACGAUUUCUGUGAUCUUAUUGUGCAAUGGUUAUGUGCAUCCAACUUUAAGGUGACACUGUUGGCUCUAGAAAUAAUCGACGUUGGAAUUGAGAUAUCCGGUGAUGUGAUAUCGCCGUAUUUAAUCGAACGAAUCUCAGCGCUUGUUGAGCGACUCGGUGAUUCGAAACAGAGUGUGCGUGAAGCCACUAUUCAGCUCAUCACAACCAUUGCUAAUACGCCGUAUUGCAGCCCUCAGACAGUGAUCGAAAGGGUCGCACCAGGACUUGUACAUCGCCAGUGGUUGGUGCGUAUUGGUGUUAUGCAAGUGAUCCGCAAUAUUCUUGAGCAGCAUAAAUUUGAAGUGGACGUGCAAAUAAAUCGAAUAAUUCCAACACUUUGCAAACUGAUGGCUGAUGCGAACAGUGACGUGCGUGAGACAGCAACAAAUGCCCUUGUUAAUAUUUUUUGUCAGAUUGGUGAACCGUUACCAUCUAGCAUACGGAAACGACAACUUAUUCCAGAAGCAAAAUUUCAAAUGUUAAUGGCCCGUUAUAAAGAGGCGCAGCAAUGCGGUGGUAUCGCACCGUCAACACCGUCAACAUCGCAACGAAUUUCAAGACCUCUCCGAAGACCUCUGAUCCCACAAAAACCGCAAUUUACGCCAACACGUUAG